UCAAACUUUUUAAGGAAAGGGUGAAUAUUUCAUAUAUUAUAUAAAAGUUAAUAGUGAAUUUCGAGUUUUUUUGGUAUUUGUUCGUUAUUUUUUUAUUGAUUUGCAUUUUGAAUAGGUAAGUAUGAGUACACGUACAAAGGUUUUGUCUAUGAAGGAGUUGGAUGAAAUAAUAGCCAAUUGGAGUGAUGAUGACUGCGAUAUCAAUUGUGUUAAUAUACUUCCGCCUGAUCGAGUCGAUGAAUGUUCGGAUGAAGAGACUAUCAAUGAUGAUGAAAUAGCCUUAAACGUGGAUCCAAAUCCAAUGAACGAAGUUGCCGGUUAUGUUGAAAUUGAAACUGAAAGAAAUGAAAUUGAAGACAGUGGCUAUCCUGAAUUUGAAGAAGGAACCCAACCUUCAACAUCGAAGAAGCCUCGAUUUGAAUACAAGCCUCUCAGUUCUUUUGGAAAACCGAAACGGACAAAAAGAAAUCAAAAGGAAUUCCAUUUUGACAUUGCUCCAAAUCCAGAACCAUUGACUGGACUCAAAGAAAAUAUUUGCUCAAAAUUGAGCAACCAUUCUCCAUUGCAAUUGUUUCAAUUAUUUUACGAUAACGAAGUCUUUGAUCUUAUUAUUAAAGAAACAAAUAUUUAUGCGGGACAAAAUAAUACCGACUUUCAAUUGGAUGAAGUGAUGCUUAAACGGUUUAUUGGUAUUUUACUCUUAUCAGGUUAUCACACUCUGCCAUCUGUUCCUGAUUAUUGGUCUUCAAAGCCAUCAUUGGGGAUCCCAAUGGUAAAACAGACCAUGAGUCGAUCAACUUUUUUGCAUAUAAAAUCAUUUAUACAUUUUGCCAACAAUAAUAAUUUAGAUAAUUCUGAUAAAAUGGCUAAGCUACGACCUUUAUUCGAUAUUCUAAAUCGAAAAUUUCUUCAAUUUGGUGUUUGGGAUGAAAAGUUAUCCAUAGAUGAACAAAUGGUUCCAUAUUUUGGAAGACACAGUUGUAAAAUGUUUAUUAGAGGCAAACCAAUUCGAUUUGGUUAUAAAUUUUGGUGUCUGUGCUCUUCUUCAGGUAAUACGUCUUUCAUAUUCUGGUGA